GACGUCACCAACCCCUGCGUUGCCAUGGCCAUAAGAGGAGCACAUGCCUCCUGCUCACACUCUCCUUCACACUCCAACCUACGGUCUUAACCUACUAGUUAACCUGCAUGACGAGGCGAUGGGCUUCCCAUUGUCUACUCCUACAGGCAGUACAGGAAGUACGCCCACUAGCAGCAGUACCAAGAAGCAGACUGAACAAAAUAGGGCAGUAGACAUGAGCUUCACCAUCGAGGAGAAGGGCAAGCCCAACACACUGGACUACAGGGUGUUCUUCAGAAAUACUGAGGGAAAAUACAUCUCUCCAUUCCAUGACAUACCAAUGUAUGCAGAUGAAGCUCAGAACAUCUUCCAUGCGGUUGUUGAGGUACCCAGAUGGACCAAUGCAAAGAUGGAGAUUGCCACCAAAGAUCCUCUAAAUCCAUUGAAGCAAGACAUCAAGAAGGGGAACCUUCGUUAUGUGGCCAACGUGUUUCCACACAAAGGAUACAUCUGGAAUUAUGGAGCCAUCCCUCAGACAUGGGAGGACCCAGGCCAUAAAGACGCAGAUACAGGAUGCUGUGGUGACAAUGACCCUGUUGACAUCUGUGACAUAGGAUACAAGGUGUGCUCUCGUGGAGAGGUGAUUAAAGUCAAGGUGUUGGGCACUCUGGCUCUGAUCGACGAAGGAGAAACAGACUGGAAAGUCAUUGUCAUCAACAUGGAGGAUCCAGAGGCCAACAACUUUAACAAUAUUGAUGACGUAAGAAGACUCAAGCCUGGGUAUCUGGAAGCUACAUUUGAGUGGUUCAAAAAAUAUAAAGUUCCCGAUGGAAAACCUGAGAACCAGUUUGCAUUUAACGGAGAGUUCAAGGACAGGGACUUUGCUCUUAAGACAGUCAAGGAGACUCAUGAGUUUUGGAAGGCGCUGAUCUCCAAAAAGACCAACGCUGGAGAACUGAACUGUACCAACACCUGUGUCACAGACAGUCCAUUCUGCUGUUCCACUACUGAUGCUAAGGCUGUUGUUGAUGCCGCAUGUGUUUUUGGCCCUGAAGACCCUAUUCCAAGUGCAGUUGACAAAUGGUUCUAUGUCUAAGUGAACUGACCCAGAAAGAAGAGCCUUCAGAUUGGACCAAAAUGGUUCUAUGUCUAAGUGAACUGAAAGAAGAGCCUUCAGAUUGGACCAAAAUGGUUCUAUGUCUAAGUGAACUGAAAGAAGAGCCUUCAGAUUGGACCAAAAUGUUUUCUCACCUGAACGGAAGAAUAUACUUGAAACAUUUACAUUUAAGUCAUUUAGCAGACGCUCUUAUCCAGAGCCACUUACAAAUUGGUGCAUUCACCUCAUGACAUCAGUAGUAUACCAGAUAUUUACUGUACUGUCUCUCAGUAGUAUACCAGAUAUCUACUGUACUGUCACUCAGUAGUAUACCAGAUAUCUUACUGUACUGUCACUCAGUAGUAUACCAGAUAUCUUCUGUACUGUCACUCAGUAGUACAUUUACAUUUAAGUCAUUUAGCAGACGCUCUUAUCCAGAGCGACUUACAAAUUGACAGAAAACAUGUGUAGUAUAAUUACAGUUUCCCAUUUUUAGUAUGAAUUGUGAUUGAUGCUUGUCCUCUUAACAUGACAAGUACUCAAACCAAGGAAGCCUGUUCUUUAUGUUUAUUAUAUUUCUCAAAUGUGUAACAAUAUGACCUUUAUAGUCCGUCUAAACCUCUGCACUUUACCGUGUCUUGCAUCAUGUUGUUUGAUACUGAAAUAGGAAAAUUGUCAUUAAUCUUCAAAUAAAUACCAUCAUCACA